AUGCUCGAGGAGAAGAAUAUCGUGGAGCAUCUCAACCUCAAGGUUGUAGACCAAGAGGGUGGAGAAGCUUUUAUGAAACUUGGGCACUUUACUCCGCUUGGGAGACUUAUGAAAGAAUACGCCGAGCGACAGGGAAAGGACUUGGCCACGCAUCGCUUCUUCUACGAAGGUGACAGAAUAAAAAGUCAUCAGACUCCAAGCGAGAUAGGUAUAGAUGAUGGUGAUGUUAUUGAAGUGGUAUCUGAAAAUGUGGACGGCUAUAAUUGA